UCUUGCUGCUGCCUCUACAUACCACUCGAUAUCACAGCGUCUCUCAACCCACGGGGAACGGCACAAUUAGCUGUGGCAAGGCAACGUACCCGGCCCUUGGCUGUUUCCCGGCUGGAAUCUGACGGGCAGCACGCCGUCGAUCUACGGAGCACCCCGAACGUACGAUCGAGGAGGCACCGCCGAAGCUAAGCCGAGGAGGACUAACGCAAGCGAGGCAAAGGGAGAGCUAGCUCCUCGCCCAGACUAUGUCGUCGAGAAGGAGGAAGAUGUCGGAGGACGAGGGGAGCAGCGAGGAAGAAGACGACGAGGUGAUUUCCGACCAAGAGGAUGCAGACGUCGUCUCUGAGGCCGCGGGCGCGGCGCCUUCUGACACCGAGGAGGAGGGUGAUGGCGCGCCGGCCAUCGCCGCAUUGGCCCAAGCCGGGUCCUCUGCCGCUGGAACUGAGAUUGGCGACGACAAAGGAGCAACCCCCGUGGGCGGAGAGGAGGGAGAGGCGGAGGGCAACUCAGACCCCGAGGCCACGGCAGCCGGGACGGGAUGGGGCGAGCCGGAAGAGAGAGGGUCACUAGCGGGUGAAGACCAGGAGGGACACGAGGCCGAAGGGAGCGGCGGGGGUUGGGGGGGCUCCGCCGACGAAAAGGAGGUGGCCGAAGGAGGCGGGGGUGGGUGGGGAGGGGGUUCCGACGACGGCGAGGAUACCGAGGAAGAGACCGAGGAGGAAAGGGAAGCACGGAUGGCGGAGUACGCGGCGGCGAAGGCGGAGGAAGACGCGAUCAAGCAGGAGCGCAGGGCAAUCCGCGAGAACCCCGCCGUGAUCCCCAAGCUAGGCGCCUUCUUCGUGCACGACGACAGGGGAGGGGGCGGCGGCGGCGGAUCCGGCGGCAUGGCACGUGCCGGCAAGCAGCAGCAGCAGCGGCGGGACGGAGAGGAGGGGUCCGGCGAGGAGGAGGAGGAGGAGGAGGAGGAGGGGGUGGGGCGGUGGCGUGCAGACGCUCUGCCUUCCCCCAAGAAGAACAAGAGCGGUGACGUGGGGCUGCGAGCACGACGCAAGAAGAAGCCGGUUGAUCCCGACGAUGACGACGAUUUGCCUUGGGGGCACGAAGGUUAUGAGGAAGUGCUCAGGGCGGAAGAGGAGGGACGUCCCAUCGCCAGCUCCUCCGGAUUCUGGUCGAACCCCACCGGCAAAGACGGUCGCAGCGGCGCCUGGAGAGGCGGCAGCGGCGGCGGCGGCCGGCGUAGCGGGGGCGGAAGGGGUGGGCGGCAUGGCGACGGAGACGCGGGAAGCGCCUAUGGGGGGAGGGGCGGCGGCAACCGACGGAAUAGCUACGAGAGUUCCUACGGUUCCGGUGAUCGUGGUGGAAGGCGCGGGAGGGGGCGAGGAGGCAGGGGUGGCCGAGGGGGGCGGGGAGGGUACGCCGGGGGGGCGGCGGCGGCGGCGGCGGCGGCGGCUGCUCCCGCUGCAGAGGAUUGGCCGCAGCUUGGCAGUGGGGACGGCGCCAAAUCAGUAACCAAAACAACAGUUGCAGGGGAAUCGGCGGCGGCGAAACCGUCAGCGACCGUAGAUGCGAACGGUAGCGGCUCCGGGUGGGGGAACGCGGCUGCGGGGGCUACGGCAGCGCAGGACGCGGGGGGUUGGGGGGAAGCGGACAAGACUCCGAGCACGGGAGGAUGGGGCAGUGAUGAAAGACGAUCUUCGGGUGAGGGGGGCUGGGGUGGCGGGCGCGGUGGUGGCAGAGGCAGGGGGCGAGGGGCCCAGAGCGACGGGGUGGGACCGGCCAACGGCGGACGGGGCGGCGGCGGAGGGCGCAGCGGAGGGCGUGGCGGUGGCGGCAGGAGAGGUGAAGGUGCAGCCCGUGGUGGCGGCGGCAGGAGCUCUCCUCCUCAGAAAGAAGCGGCGAAGGCGGCUGCAGCAAAGCCUGCCGCAGCAGUGGCUAAACCGGCGACGGCGGCGACGGCAACGAAGCCCUCCACCUUGACGGCGGAUGCGAAGCAGUGGACCGGCAGCAAGGCUCUCGGCGCCGGCAAGCCCGGCGCUGCUGCCUCCACCGCUGCUGCCGCUACUGCUACUGCCGCUGCCCCCGCCGCCCCUGCGAAUGCCGCCACCACAGCCACCGCUGUUGCGGCGAAAUCGGCGGCGGCGGUUUCUACAGCGACGGCGACAGUAGCGGUAGCGGUAGCGGGUGGAGAGCCGAACGAAACGGUGGGUGCGACUGUACCUGGGUUCACUCCGACGGCUGCUGGGACCGCGAUGGCGGGCGGGCAGGCGGAGCUGGCCGGCGGCUCGGGCACCGCGGUGACGCUGGCGCAGCUGCAGCAGCAGCAGCUCGUGCUACAGCGAGCCCAGCUGAUCCAAGCCCAGCAAGCGCAGCAGCAAGCUCUUAGGAAUCAACAGCUGCAGCAACAGUUGACCCAUUCGCCACCCCCGCCUCGCGGGCACGGCCUCAACCCCGCCCCUCCCGCCGCCGCCGCCGCCGCCGGCCCGAUGCCCCAGCCCCUGGCGCAGCACGACGUCCGCGGGAGCCCCAAGGUGGGGGGGUACCCAACCGCGGGACCCCCAGUCUCUGCGGUGAUGUCCCCCGUUCCGACUCAGGGGCUGGCGGGAGCGAUGCAGCUGGCGAGGGACGGGUCGCCGAUGCCACCACUGCCUCACGCCAGCGGGUCUCCUCCGAUCCUGGUGGGGCAGAGCAUGCCUGGGGUGCAGCAGAUGGGGAUGCCGGGGGUCGGGAUGGGUGUGGCGGGGCCGGGAGACAUGCAGAUCCAGGGCAUUUACAACCCUGCCGCUGCGGGUUACUUCGUAACGCCCGGGGCGCAGCAGCUACCCAUGCACGUGGCCGCGGAAAUGGUGGCGGCAAGCGGGGCCGGCGGGGCGGGCGGGGGGGCGGGGGGCGGCGAGUGGUACCCGGAUCAGCAGCAGCAGCACUCUAGUCCUGUGCCGGUGCCGUGGAGCGUGGCCGGGGAGGGUGCGGCCCCAUCCGCGGGACCCCCGGCGGGCGGCGGCGCGGUCUUGACGGAGGACGUGGUGCUUCCCCCUCCUCAGGCUGAUAGCUGGAUGAGGACGGCCGUACAGCAAGAGCUCCUGAGGGAGCAGCUGCAGCAGGAGCAGGCGGUCGCGCAGCAGUUCCUCCAGCAGCAGCAGCAGCAGCAGCACCUCGUCCAGUUUGGGGCCGCCGGGGGAGCGGGGAUGCCGGCGCAGGCUUUGGACAUGUCUCAGCAGCCGCUGCUGAAUGCCCAGAGCGCAACGGGCGAAGGGACCGGAGCUGGUCGGCAAAACUUCUAGCGGCGCCAAGAUUUUGACUGCCAUCAAUCAUGCCAUCCAGAUUUCAGUGUCAUAGUGCAGUGUCAAUCGGGGUAACGAUUUUGAGGCCUCAGGAAAAACGCAAAAAUACUAGGAUUCGCGGUUGACGGCGUCUGUCCCGCGUCAAAAUUUAUUUUGCUGUUUUUCUGGCUGCUCGGCGAGCUGCUACAUGGCGUGUGGAAAGGCUGGGUGUGUGUCUCGUCGUGAUGUGGGUCAUUGGUAGCAACACCUGGUUUUAGGAACAGCUGAAGAACUCGUUGCGAAACCACUACAGGAAUUUUUGUGUGCAAUCGCCCAAGGCCGCCGUGAUUCGAGUGCCGGAGGUUCUGGGACGCUUUUUUAUGUUUUCGUUCUAAUUUGACGUUAUCGUAUCGUAGUUGUGUGUUUGUAAUGGGCGUUUUUUUUCGCCCUGGGGUUUAGGGACAAAGCGGAGUGAGUCCGAGCACUAUCCGGAUGAGCGCGUGCUAGUACAGUGGGUGGCCCGAUAUAGUGCCGGUUGAAUAGUGCCGGUUGCCGGUACAGUGCCGGUGUUUUCGGCUCGCACACACCGGAAUAUCAAGUCUUUCUGUACUCUGAAUAGUGCCGGUGCCCGGUAUAGUGCCGCUGUGCUCUCUGAACACAUACCGGCACUAUAGAGGGCCCCCUACUGUACGACUAUACAACGCGCUAUUGCUAUGGUAGGGCGUCCUAGUAUGGACGAACGCCAAUACAGCGCAUUUCAAGGCAAGUACACACGUUCUUAGGACGUACUAGCAUGAGUAUAAAGCUGUUCAGACGAGGACGUGUGCUAGUACGGACGCACGCACGCAGUUGACAGCUAUGAGCGCGUCGCUGCUACUGCAAGCUUCUUUGGUGCGGGGACGCGCUGGAAACGUUACCCGUAGCCCUUAGCACCGGGGUUACCAUACGUAGAUUCAUGGGACGUUUGUCUAGUGCCGCGGUGCUCGAGAGCGCGGGGGGUCGUGCCUUCCGUAACCGCUUUGGGCCUUAAACACCAGGUUGGAAGCGCGAAACCCCUCAUCACGGCGUGGAUUGGUUUUGCGACAGGAUGAGUGGGGAGGCAGGAUUUUGUGACGAACACGCGCACGUGAGGUGUGGCGUUAUAUUUCGAGGGGGAAAAUAGACGAGAAGCACGCUUGAGGGACUGACUACAAAAAACGGNGGGGGGGGGGGGGGGAUGAGAGAAUAUACCAUGUGUCGUAACGAAACGAAACAGGAAGCAAAGUUCUCCCGUCCGAGAACAAGCGGCGGAAUAAAAACAGAUUGUCCCGGUGGCGCACAAGCAGUGUUUUAUACGUAAGCAAGUAUGGCAGUACAGUACUACUUCUAUANGGGGGGGGGGGGGGGGGGGGGGGGGGGGGGGGGGGGGGGGGAACGACGGAGGCAGAAAGUUGGUGGGGUUCGUUGUUUGACUAGAAGAAGAUAUGUCUGUCUCGUUUCGGCGUAUGAUGUGGGAAGAAGAGGAGAUUUUUGCACCACGCCCGCGAUGGCAUUAUUCUUUCAACGCUCGCUGCACCGCUACUGCUACUGCUGCUGAUGCUGCGUUGCUCCCGCUUUGCGCUGCUUGAUGUUAUUGCGUGAAGCGAGGCGAUCCACAAGCAGCCCUCAUUCCCGUCGCGCUAGGCAGCGGUGGAAGGGAUGGCGCUGCGAGCGGGUGCUAUUGGAAGAAAAUCGACUACUGUACUAGAUAGCAUAAAUACAGUGAGUCUUUCGCUCCCUGCUCGGAUAACUCAAUCAUCAUGUCUGCCUACUUCUGCUUCACUCUAGCAACGAUUGCCCGGCAACGGUAGAACCAGCUAGGUGGACUCAAGUCCUUUGGGGCGGGCAAGAAAGGAAGGCUGACUGCCCUACCUACCUCGAAGCAAUUUCGCGAGCCACCUCAAAAACCCUUUCAUUCUGUCCAAUGUAGGUGCUGGCAGCUUGUGCUUGGAGUAAGAGCUUUCGCUUGGUCUCGG